CCGCCACCGUGUGUUGACGCGCGGUAUCCCCUGACAACCGUCUGGGGAAAACAGGAAUCUUUUCUCUUCCCUUCUGGGCAGACAGACGCGGCCAGCCAUGUCUACCAGGGCUACCGACCCUAACAAGCCUCGGAUGCUGAGGGUAUCUGACGCACGCCGGGCUCUCCAGAGCCUUCUCCUGGGGGCAGAGAUGGCUCACAAGGCUGACAUCCAAACAUACAGCUGUGGCCACCUGAGCCCUUACGCCCUGAGCCAGAACAAGCCCAACCGGAGGAGGACAGAGGAACCAAUCUGGGAGAUGUCUGAGGUCCAGGACAGAGAGAAGGGUGAGGAGGAAGGCCUGAGUCCCAGUCCUUUUACGCAACGCCUCCAGAGACAAACCAAGAUGGCCGCCAACAUCGAGAAGAUGACGGAAGCCAUGUUUGACUUCACUGUCGCCAAGGGGCUCAAACCUACAGUCUUGAAGCCUGGGCAGCAUGAGAGCCUUACUGGCACACAGAGAGGAACGAAGGGAGAGGAAGGAGAAGAAAGAGAGAGGAGGAAAACAAGGCUCAAGAUGGUUCUGGACCCCUCUGAGCUCUUCCUGGUCAAACCCAGCAUAGCAUCACAGACAAAACCUCCUGGAGGUGUUGAGGGGAACCAGGACCGGUACUGGUUCACUCAGUCUCACCUGGGGGGCCUGACCAAGAAGGACCAGAUGAGGAUGAUGAGACACUUUGACAGACGGGUGUUGAGGAAGCAGGACCUCAGGGACAGGAACUGGAUCAGCGGAAACAAGGCAGCUGAGGCCUACGAGUGGAAGCUAGAGAAGGAGCUGAGGAGGCUGUCAGACCAGAGCUGUCCCAGUAGAGACCGCCUGGGGGUGUUCAGUGACGUCUUCAACAACGUCUGUGAAGGCUCGCCAGUAUUCAGAGACAUCCUCAGGGAAAUCAAGACAGACUAUGAUCUGUACCUCAACUCUAUUCUGGACUCCCAGACAUCUCUCGAGGACUUGUCUGAGCUGGCUCUGCUGGGUGGUCUGGCCAUCGUAGGGGCAGAGGAUCUGGAGGAAGCUGGCAACGAGGUGUCCAGGCUGGGAGAGGAGGCGCAGAGGGCCCUGGAGGAGAAUGACAGAGUCAGGAAUCAGUUUCAGAACGUACGUGACAGAGUCAUGGAAAUCCCAGAUGAUGAAGGGCUCCAUAAGGAGGCCACUCUGCCAGGGCUGUUGAGGCCAGGUGAAGGGCCGAUCUCCUUUAUUGAUCGUGUCCAGCCUAAGAGACGUCAGGUGUGGAUAAUGUGGGAGGAGGUCCAGCUGCUGCAGAAGGAACUCAAGGAGAAGAUGGUAUCCAUCAUCACCACAGGAGCUACAGAGAGAUGCAUCAGAGACUCUAAGGGAGAGAUCAUGAGACUACUGGCCUCAAAUGAACGCUUCAGAAACACCAACAAGGAUCUGGAAAGCAACCUCAACAUGAUCCUGAACAGAGUGACAACAAGCGAGGAUGUGAAAGCGGAGGUGUGGGACAAAAUAUGGACCGCCCUGCGACACGAGGACGAUAGAACACAACCUCUAGUAAAUUAGUAGCGUUUGGAACAGUACCUCUUUUUGUCCACUAGGGGGUAGUGUUUAACAAGCUGACCUGAAGGCCAUUCUUAGAUAUUAUGGACGGGAUGAUUACUCAUUCGCCAAGCUUCACAUCAUUUUUAAUCAUUGUUAUUCGAGCUGACAUUAAAAUAUCUCCGAUGGUAACAGAAGUACGAUGGCAUUAGUCACAACAGCAACAACCACACUGUAUGUAGUCCUCACAAGAGUCGAUUGUGCUGUAGUGACAUCGUUGAAAUAUCUUAUUUGACUUAUCAGACUAUUUAAUAGUGUUUUAAUUAACAAUAAAGAUAUAAUUGAGGAUGUGGUUAAAUGUGGUGAUGAUUAUAGUAAAUAUGGCUUUGACGUCAUACAAGCAAACCAUACAACCGCCGAUCCAACGUGAUUUGGGGCGGCAGCGUAGCCUAGUGGUUAGAGCGUUGGACUAGUUAACCGAAAGGUUGCAAGUUCAAACCCCGAGCUGACAAGGUACAAAAUCUGUCGUUCUGCCCCUGAACAAGGCAAGGCUGUCAUUGAAAAUAAUAAUUUGUUCUUAACUGAUUUGCCUAGUUAAAUAAAGGUAAAAUAUAUAUAUAUUUUUUUAAAUGUGAUUUGACUUACUUUUACUAUAUAAUCUGGGUCCAAUCCCUUGGCUGUCCACAUCCUACCAGUCCAGACCUGUCCACGUCAUCACACCUAUCAUCACCUGCAGUCUACUGCUGUACACAAACACACACACAGAUCAAUCUUCUCCACAUAGGCAGUAUAUACUGUUCUGUUGCCAAAGGUCUGCUAUCUGAUAUUCAUUCUGUCACAAAAGAUUGUAGAUUCUAGACCAGGGCACUCCAGCCCUGUUCCUGGAGAGAGAUCCUCCUGUAGGUUUUAACUCCAGCCCUGUUCCUGGAGAGAUACCCUCCUGUAGGUUUUAACUCCAGCCCUGUUCCUGGAGAGACCCUCCUGUAGGUUUUAACUCCAGCCCUGUUCCUGGAGAGAUACCCUCCUGUAGGUUUUAACUCCAGCCCUGUUCCUGGAGAGACCCUCCUGUAGGUUUUAACUCCAGCCCUGUUCCUGGAGAGAUACCCUCCUGUAGGUUUUAACUCCAGCCCUGUUCCUGGAGAGAGACCCUCCUGUAGGUUUUAACUCCAACCCUGUUCCUGGAGAGAGACCCUCCUGUAGGUUUUAAUUCCAACCCUGUUCCUGGAGAGAGACCCUCCUGUAGGUUUUAACCCCAACCCUGUUCCUGGAGAGACACCCUCCUGUAGGUUUUAACUCCAACCCUGUUCCUGGAGAGAUACCCUCCUGUAGGUUUUAACUCCAGCCCUGUUCCUGGAGAGAGACCCUCCUGUAGGUUUUAACUCCAGCCCUGUUCCUGGAGAGAGACCCUCCUGUAGGUUUUAACUCCAGCCCUGUUCCUGGAGAGACACCCUCCUGUAGGUUUUAACUCCAGCCCUGUUCCUGGAGAGAGACCCUCCUGUAGGUUUUAACUCCAACCCUGUUCCUGGAGAGACACCCUCCUGUAGGUUUUAACUCCAACCCUGUUCCUGGAGAGAGACCCUCCUGUAGGUUUUAACUCCAACCCUGUUCCUGGAGAGACACCCUCCUGUAGGUUUUAACUCCAACCCUGUUCCUGGAGAGACACCCUCCUGUAGGUUUUAACUCCAACCCUGUUCCUGGAGAGACACCCUCCUGUAGGUUUUAACUCCAACCCUGUUCCUGGAGAGAGACCCUCCUGUAGGUUUUAACUCCAACCCUGUUCCUGGAGAGACACCCUCCUGUAGGUUUUAACUCCAACCCUGUUCCUGGAGAGAGACCCUCCUGUAGGUUUUAACUCCAACCCUGUUCCUGGAGAGACACCCUCCUGUAGGUUUUAACUCCAACCCUGUUCCUGGAGAGACACCCUCCUGUAGGUUUUAACUCCAACCCUGUUCCUGGAGAGAGACCCUCCUGUAGGUUUUAACUCCAACCCUGUUCCUGGAGAGACACCCUCCUUUAGGUUUUAACUCCAACCCUGUUCCUGGAGAGACACCCUCCUGUAGGUUUUAACUCCAACCCUGUUCCUGGAGAGAGACCCUCCUGUAGGUUUUAACUCCAACCCUGUUCCUGGAGAGAGACCCUCCUGUAGGUUUUAACUCCAACCCUGUUCCUGGAGAGAGACCCUCCUGUAGGUUUUAACUCCAACCCUGUUCCUGGAGAGACACCCUCCUGUAGGUUUUAACUCCAACCCUGUUCCUGGAGAGAGACCCUCCUGUAGGUUUUAACUCCAGCCCUGUUCCUGGAGAGAGACCCUCCUGUAGGUUUUAACUCCAACCCUGUUCCUGGAGAGAGACCCUCCUGUAGGUUUUAACUCCAGCCCUGUUCCUGGAGAGAGACCCUCCUGUAGGUUUUAACUCCAGCCCUGUUCCUGGAGAGAGACCCUCCUGUAGGUUUUAACUCCAGCCCUGUUCCUGGAGAGAGACCCUCCUGUAGGUUUUAACUCCAGCCCUGUUCCUGGAGAGAGACCCUCCUGUAGGUUUUAACUCCAACCCUGUUCCUGGAGAGACACCCUCCUGUAGGUUUUAACUCCAGCCCUGUUCCUGGAGAGAGACCCUCCUGUAGGUUUUAACUCCAACCCUGUUCCUGGAGAGACACCCUCCUGUAGGUUUUAACUCCAACCCUGUUCCUGGAGAGACACCCUCCUGUAGGUUUUAACUCCAACCCUGUUCCUGGAGAGACACCCUCCUGUAGGUUUUAACUCCAGCCCUGUUCCUGGAGAGAGACCCUCCUGUAGGUUUUAACUCCAACCCUAUUCCUGGAGAGACACCCUCCUGUAGGUUUUAACUCCAACCCUGUUCCUGGAGAGACACCCUCCUGUAGGUUUUAACUCUAACCCUGUUCUUGGAGAGAGACCCUCCUGUAGGUUUUAACUCCAACCCUGUUCCUGGAGAGAGACCCUCCUGUAGGUUUUAACUCCAACCCUGUUCCUGGAGAGAGACCCUCCUGUAGGUUUUAACUCCAACCCUGUUCCUGGAGAGAGACCCUCCUGUAGGUUUUAACUCCAACCCUGUUCCUGGAGAGAUACCCUCCUGUAGGUUUUAACUCCAACCCUGUUCCUGGAGAGAGACCCUCCUGUAGGUUUUAACUCCAACCCUGUUCCUGGAGAGAGACCCUCCUGUAGGUUUUAACUCCAACCCUGUUCCUGGAGAGAGACCCUCCUGUAGGUUUUAACUCCAACCCUGUUCCUGGAGAGAGACCCUCCUGUAGGUUUUAACUCCAACCCUGUUCCUGGAGAGAGACCCUCCUGUAGGUUUUAACUCCAUGUCAUUUAAACAAAAUAAUAAAAUGUGAUGUGAUGACGUUGAA